AUGGAGUCUAGCACUGGAGGCCGGCCCGCUGAUCCCCCGUGCGAGCUGGAGGUAGAUUCAAGCGAUGCUGUCCGCUUGAUUCUGCAGUUCCUACGCGAGAAUCGUCUAUAUGGAGCAAUGCGCGCGCUGCAGGAUGAGGCGCAAGUGAGCCUUAACGCCGUAGAGUCGAUGGAUUUGUUGGCCAGCGACAUCUCUCAUGGCCGCUGGGAUCGCGUGCUGCAGCAGACGAAGGCACUCGAGUGCAGCGCAACAACAGUGAUGGAUCUGUAUGAGCUGGUGGUGCUGGACAUGAUGGAGGCGCAAGAACGAGACGUGGCCGUGCAGCUGCUACGCACUACUCCAGCAAUGGCUUCCAUGAAACAGACGCAGCCAGAGCGCUAUCUGCGGCUUGAAAAGCUGGCCCAGCGUGCAAUAUUUGACCCUGCAGAGGUCUAUGCCGGCAGCAGCAAGCAGAAGCGGCGAGACGAUGUUGCACAGCUUUUUUGCACUGAGGUGACGACCGUGGAGCCGUCCCGACUGUUGGUUUUGCUGGGCCAAGCACUCAAGUGGCAACAACUGCAGGGUUUAGUGGCACCUGGAGAAGACUUCGAUCUGUUCCGAGGUGGAGCGAAGGAGAAGGUGGUGGACCGAUCCGAAAAGCUGGUGCGAAAACCCGCGGGUAAGAUCAAGUUUAGCAAGACCUCGAUGCCUCAAUGCGCACAGUUUAGUCGUGACGGGCGGAUGCUCGUAACGGGUGCGAAGGAUGGAUUUGUGGAGGUUUGGGACUUUGAAAAAUGCAAGUUGCGAAAGGAUUUGGACUAUCAGGCAAAAGAUGAAUUUAUGAUGCACGACGUUAGUGUGACAGCCGAAGCUUUCAGUCGGGAUGGAGAGUUGCUGGCAACAGGAAGUGAAGACGGCAAGGUUAAGGUGUGGAAAGUGUCCACGGGGAUAUGUCUACGUCGCUUUGACAAUGCUCACAGUCAGGGCAUUCAGAGUAUUACGUUCUCUCGAGAUGGCACUCAGCUGUUGACCGCAUCGUUCGACCAUCUUGUUCGUAUCCACGGUCUCAAGUCUGGCCAAACACUGAAGGAGUUUCGUGGCCAUCAGAGUUACGUCAACACCGCUUUGUUUUCUUCAAAUGGCAGCAAAGUUAUAUCGACGUCCAGUGAUGGCACGCUGAAGAUCUGGAGUGUCAAGACGACGGGGUGUCUACAGACUGUACGGCCACCCAGUGAGUCCUACACUGCAGAAGUGGAUAUUGUCAGUGCGUUGCUGGUGCCUACCGUGUCUGGAAGUGAUGAGGACAUCAUUAUUUGCACACGCACGAGUGAAAUGCUUCGCGUGUCAAUGGGAGGAGAGGUGUUGCUGACUUACAAAGGAGAUCCAUUCAACGACAAGAAAGUUGGCAACUUUGUGGCCUGCACCCUCUCAAUGCGUGGGAAAUGGCUCUACGGCGUGACCGACAAGGGUUUCAUCGUGAGCUUCGCUGCAGCUACUGGAGAACUCGAGACGUCGAUGCAAAUCUGCAACGCCGACACUUUCGGCAUCACUCACCACCCACAUCGCAAUAUUAUCGCCACGUACGGCAGCGACCGAUAUGUCCGACUGUGGAAAGCCUGA